UGCGCACGACAAUCGUGCCUGUGCCUGGCGGCUGUGUUCCUGCCGGAGCCGCAGACCCGAUCGGCAUCGGCUCUGCCUCACUCAUCGACUCCAUCGACUCUAUCGACUCUGCUCGACGCCCGUCCCGAUCGCAGCGCUCACAGCCCCACAGAUCAUGUCCUUCAUCGCACGCACACGAGCCGCCGUCCCUCGGCUGCUUUCAUCGCAGCGGCCCGUCCUGCGGCAGCAUGGCCUGUCGCUGCCGAGAUCGGGUCUCCCGUCCCCCAUGAUCGUCUGCCGGCUCUUCUCGUCCUCAAAAGAAAAGCAAGACAACGGCGAUAAGAGCGACAACAACAGCGGCGGCGGCGGCGGCGGAGACGGUGGCGAGCCAGUGUCCUUCUUCUCUGCCUUUGCCCGGUCCGUCAAGCGUCAGAUCGAGGAAAAUCGUGAUCUGCAGCAGAACGUCAAGUUGCUCUCCGACGAGACAAACAAGGUGGCCGACUCGGAAGCCGUCAAGCGUGCCAAGGAGGCCAUGGCGAAGGGCUCCAAGGUCGUUGGUGCUGUUGCCGCGGGCACGGCCCAAGCCAUCCAUACCGUCGCCGAAAUGCCGGCUGUCAAGAAAACCACCGAGACCAUCUCCUAUGUCGGAGAGAAGGUCGCGGACACUGCCCAGAAGGUUGCCGAUCCCAUCCUGGAAACUGAAGCCGCCAAGACAAUCGCCAAGGGCGUCAAGAGCAUUCAAAAGGACCUGGCAAGCGACAGCGCUGUGCGCUACGCCGAAUACAAGCCCAAGCACAUCCGUGAAGCUGAGAAGGCCCAGCGCUUGGCCGAGGCUGCCAAGGACCCGUUCAGCAAGGAUUCGAUCCGAAUGCUCACAGCCGAUCCCAAUGCCGGCCAGAGCGUUGUUCUCCACAAGACCUCCAAAUGGGCCGCGAGCUGGAACGACUUUAAGGAGAACAGCCUCCUGUCCAAGUCUGUCUCGGCCAUCGGCCGCCGCAUCGAAGAGAGCGACGAUCCUCUGAUCGACCGUCUGCGCUCGUGGUUUUCGCCGUGGGAGGACACCGAAGAGGCCCGCGUCAUCACCGCUAUCCGCAUGGUCGACGGAGUCUUCCGGAUGGAUACCUUCCUGCGCGAAGCCACCGAGUGGAUGGUUCCGGAUAUCCUGGAAGCCUAUCUGCACAGCGACGCCCAGGCUCUGAAGGCCUGGUGCACUGAGAGGGCAUGGGCAAAGUUCUCGAUGGCGAUCGAGAACCAGCACUCCCAGGGACUCAUCAGCGACUGCAAGCUGCUCGACGUUCGCAAGAUUCAAAUCCACAAGGCCAUCAUGCUGGACGACGAGCUGCCGCUGCUAUCGCUGACAUGUCAGACAAAUGAAAUCCUCAACUUCCGCAACAAGAAGGGCGAGCUUGUUGUUGGCGUCGAGGAUCACAUCGACCAGGCCUACUACUCCAUCAUCUUCACCAAAGCGCAAUGCAUCGAUCCCCAGGCCGAGAACAACCCUGCGACGGAUGGAUGGGUGCUAUUUGAUCUCCACCGACAAGCCUUCUAAGCCGGGUGCCCGCCUAGCCACACUGUCUAUAGAACCGAGGGCGAUGCCGGUGCCCGGCUCUGGAACAUACGAUACGAUACGAUGCCAUGCGAUACGAUGCCAUGCGAUGCGAUGCCACAAUCUCAAUCCCGUCGGUCGCUGCUGUCCAGUGGCCUCUCAAGCAUCCCCUCCCACUUCCAAUCAACCCCCCCACCGCAUCUUUGCUAAUAAAUACCGGGAUACCCCGGAUUUUGGCCGUUGAUCAAAUACGCUGUUGCCUCAAAACAUCGUACGCUGGCCAUGACCGUUCAGUGAUGCGUGUUUCUGGAUCUGAAUCAAGGAUACUUUCUCGCUCAAAUGGCUCCCUGCAAGCGAAACGCACCACCCAGGCGACCAAGUGGAUCCAGAGCACCCACAAGGUCCUUGGUCUGCAGCAACGGACGAAUGCCACACCAAGUCCCAAGAUCUCCAGGU